GAUUACCGGCUCUAUCCCGAUAUCCAUAUUCAAUAUCUCAUCGCUGCAAUCAUUGUUACUGUGCGGCAACAAUCUUAGUGGAUUCUUACCACGGGAGAUUGGCAACUUAACCAAGAUGCAAUUCUUAAUUCUUAAGGAAAAUAGGUUUACUGGUGAAAUACCCAAAGAUAUAAGAAAUCUCGUUGAGUUGGUGGAAUUUGAUGUUGGGUUUAAUAGUUUUAGUGGUUCACUUCCAAUGGAGAUCUUCAACAUAUCACGACUGAGAACAAUUCAACUUUCAGCCAACAAUCUAUCAGGAACUAUACUACCAAACAUAGGUUCUACCUUACCCAACAUUGAAAUACUUUAUCUGCAUACCUUAACCAAUCUUGUUGGGACUAUUCCUCAUUCUAUCUCCAAUUGUUCAAAGCUUACUCAUCUAGAGCUUUCACAAAACAAACUCAGUGGCUUAAUACCCAAUUCUCUUGGAUAUUUGACUCAUCUAAACUUCCUAAACUUGUGGGGAAACAAUUUAACCAGUGAUUCAUUUUUAAGCUUCCUCACUUCCUUAACCAAUUGCAGAAGAUUAACAACUCUUUCUCUAUCUUUCAACCCUCUAAAUGGCAUGCUUCCGGUCUCCGUAGGGAAUUUCUCCAAAUCUCUUGUAAAGUUUUAUGCCGCUGCUUGCAAGAUUAAUGGUCAGAUUCCAAAUGAAGUUGGCAACUUAAGCAGCGUAUUAGACCUUGAUCUUUCUAAUAAUAACUUGAUUGGAUCAAUUCCUACCUCAACUCGUAACUUGAGAAACCUUCAGCGCCUGUACUUGAACAACAACAAGCUUACGGGAUUUAUUGGAGAUAAUUUAUGUAAAUUGCAGCAUUUGGGUGCUAUUUACUUGGGACAAAAUCAACUUUCAGGAUCUCUUCCUAAUUGUUUAGGGAACGUCACUUCCCUUAGAGAGAUACAUAUGUAUUCCAAUAAAUUGAGUUCCAAUAUACCAAUAAGCUUACGAAAUCUUAAAAAUCUAAUGCCUCUUAACUUGUCAUCAAACAACAUGGUUGGUUCUUUACCUCCGGAAAUUGGAAAUCUAAAGGCUGUGAAUUAUAUGGAUCUGUCAAUGAAUCAAUUUUCAAAUGGAAUUCCUAGGGAAAUUGGAGGAUUGCAAAAUCUGGUGCAUCUUUCUUUGAGACACAACAAGUUGCAAGGAUCUAUACCUGACUUAGUGAGCAACAUGGUUGGUUUGGAAUUCCUAGACAUUUCUCAUAAUAAUAUAUCAGGAACCAUUCCUAUGUCUAUGGAGAAACUUCAAUACCUCAAGUAUUUCAAUGUUUCUGACAACAAAUUAUUUAGUGUCCCGCGAUGCCCCACUUCAUCAAAGCAUAGAUCAAAUAGGAAACAAAUGUUUGCUCUAUUUCUUAUGCUGGGAAUUGCACUUGUAUUUGUUCCUAUUGCCUUUGUGUUCGUAUGGAUAAGGUAUAGAAGAGGUAAAAGAGUUCCUCAACGACCUGAUUCAUUGUCUAUCGCAACAACAGAAAGAAUUUCAUACUAUGAACUGCUCCAAGCAACUGAUACGCUUGGCGAGAGUAAUCUGAUUGGUUCUGGAAGUUUUGGCUCUGUCUACAAAGGCGUUCUCAGAAGUGGAACUGCCAUUGCAGUUAAAGUGUUCAAUCUGCAACUGGAAGCGGCAUUCAAGAGUUUCGAUAUAGAAUGUGAAGUUUUGCGUAGCUUCGCCAUAGAAAUCUCGUGA